AUGUCGAGCACUCAGUCGCCGCGAGACAGCUUCUUCAGCAAUCCAACAGCUCACUAUACCGAACCCAUCCGACCACCCAGAUCAAAUGCAUCGCGCUCGCAGAAAGAAAAAUCGAAUCCAGCAACUCUCACAGCUGAAGCCUUGACCAAGCUAUCAUCUAGCGACAAGAACGAGGCCGCUACAUACCAAAGCACCCGCAUCAAGGACUUCUUACACCGACUACCCGACCCAGAGGACCCAAGUAACAGUCCUCCAGACACAGACCUCGACAUCCUAGAAGCAGAGUUUCAGAACCGCUACUACUGCAACGCAAAGAAAGACUCUACUCCAUCCACUCCAACCAGUCCACCAAUCGGCAAGAGUUCAAGAGUCCCCGACAAACCAACAAAAGCCAAACCACAAACCCACGACUGCGAAGACGACGCACUUCCUUCUUCACCAACUGCACGUCUCUCCAGCGCCAGACCACGAGCGAUCCCACAACCUCACCACAUACCCCUCCUUUCCCAGGACAUGCACCUCUAUCACCGCUUCCAGACAAUGCAAUCCGAAGAAGUAUACGCACAGUUUUGGCGUCACAAAGCAUGGUUGACGCUUUCAUACGACAAAGACGAAAAGGUAGCAUUGUUUGUGGGUGUAGAUACCAAGGAACAUGCGGUGAUGAUACACAAGCAUAUGCUUUGGUUGAGGGACAAAUGGUUGGGGUUGGGGUGUGGAUUGUUCUAUCAUGUCAUGGGGAUUUGA